GAAAUUUAAAAAUUGUGACAAUUUCUAUCUUUCAUUGAUAGUGGCUGAAGGUAUUCCUGAGAUGAUUUGCGCUCCUACCAGCAGCUCAGUUAACCAUCAAAAUAAUGCCGAAAUCAUGAAUUUAUCUGAAGGUGUGAAUGGUAGCGAUGGUAACAGAAGUGUUUCCGAAAAUGAUAUUGCAAAGCAACAACAAUCGUUGGAAUCUCGGGGCAAAAAGCGCAAGCGAGAAGUUGAUGAUGUAUGGCUGAGAAAAUUACAAGAGAAUCCUCUCACUCUAUCGACUGAAUUUGUUGGGAAACAAUUAGACUUACACAUCAAGAGAGUGUCCAAACUUCUAGAGGAUAAUAAAGUGUUUGUUAUUGGCAUAUGUGGAAUGGGAGGAGUGGGGAAAACUUUACUUGCAACUCUCGUGGAGAAUGAAGUAAAAAGGAAAGCAACUUUUAAGGAUGUGUUUUGGGUCACUGUUUCUCACAAUUAUAGCAUCUCAAAACUGCAACAUGAUAUAGCAAAAAUAAUAGGUGUGAAGCUUGAUGAAGAUGAUGAAAGAAUUAGAGCAGAAAAUUUGUCUUUGGCAUUGGAGAAAAAGGGAAAAUCAAUUCUUAUUUUGGAUGAUGUUUGGAAUUAUAUUGAUUUGCAGAAGGUGGGAAUUCAUCAAAAAGUGAAUGGCAUUAAAGUGAUUUUGACAACUCGGUUGAAACAUGUAUGUCACCAGAUGGAUUGUCAAACAAAUGGUAUAAUACAAAUGUUUCCUCUUGGUUGCCUCAAAGAAGUUGAAUCUGAAUCUGAAGUUGAUGAAGAUGAAGAUGAUGAAGAUUGGGAGUUGUUUAUGCUAAAACUUGGACAUGAUGAAACACCUAGGACACUUCCACAUGAAAUAGAAGAGAUUGCGAGAUGCAUUGUAGAGAGAUUUAAGGGUUUACCACUUGGAAUCAACGUGGCUAGAGCUAUGGAUGGGGUUGAUGAUAUUCAUCAAUGGAAACAUGCAUUAAGCAGACUUCAAAAAUUGGAAAUGAGGCAAGUGGUGGAAGAAGUCUUUAAGGUAUUAAAGUGUAGCUAUGAUAAUUUGAUGGAAAAAGACUUGCAGAACUGUUUUUUGUAUUGCGCAUUAUUUUCUAUUGAUGAUGAGGGUUGGAAGAUUAACAAAGAUGAGUUGAUCAUGAAGCUAGUUGACAAUGGACAAAUAAAUGAGAAUAUGUCUUUGGAAGAAAUAUUUGAUGAAGGGAAUACCAUAUUGAAUAAGCUUGAAUCCCAUUCUUUGAUUAGUUCUACUAAUAGUUCUUCGGUAUACACACAUCCCUUAGUGAGAAACAUGGCCUGUUAUAUCUUGAAAGAGUGUCAAAGGAAUGUUAUAGUAAAGUUGAAUAAGAGAUUGACCGAGAUACCUCUCUCACACAGAUGGGCAACUGAUUUAGAGUUGGUUCAUAUGCGGGAUUAUGACAUAGAAGAAAUCCCAAAAGGCAUGUCACCUAAUUGUCCGAAGUUGUUCACCUUGAUUUUAAAUGAAUUGUCCAUUAGUCGUGUUCUAGAGAGUUUUUUUAUUUAUAUGAAUAAUCUAUCAAUACUGGAUUUAUCAUAUAAUGAAGACCUAGAAUCUUUGCCAGACUCCAUCACUAAGUUGAGGUCUCUUGUUUCUUUAAUACUAAAAGGAUGUGAUUCACUGAAACAUGUGCCCCCAUUGGGAGAAUUACAGACAUUGUCAAGAUUGGUCAUUUCAAACACUUCUAUUGGAGAAGUUCAAGGCUUGGAAAAACUAAUAAAAUUGAAGUGGCUUGAUCUAUCAUGCAAUAAGAGAUUGAAUUUGGAAUUAGGGUCUUUGUCCAAUUUGACCAAAAUGCAAUAUCUUGAUCUUCGAAAUACCUGUGCUAUGAUGGCGGUAAAAGAUGUUCAAGGAAUGAAUAUGCUGGAAUGUUUUGGAGGCACCUUUGACUGCAAAGAUUACGACCGUUAUAGGAAAACAAAGCUUGAGCUCAAAGCAUAUCAUCUCACUUUCGCAAAUGUAUGUGGUCAAGAAAUAAGGAUGGAUGAUUAUGUUGAUUUGAAAAAAUUUGACAGUGAUCCUAGCACCAAGACAAUACAAUUUGGAGAUUGUAAAAAUUUGGGCCACAAACUGCCUAAAGACCUUACAUGUCUGCAUAUACUUAAAAAUAUUCACUGGGUUCGCCUAUGUGAUGCUCUCUCAUUUAACAAUUCUUUGAAGAUGAUUGACAUUAUCAGUUGCCGACAACUUGAGAGCUUGUUUUGUUCAUCCGGUUCUUGUUCCUUUUGCACCAAUAUUCACAAGCUGGAAGUUUUGGAACUUCAAAGAUUGGAAAGUUUAACUGUUGUCUAUAAAGUUGUUGACCAAUCUUUGUCACGGAGUGGCAUAUUCUCUUGUUUGAAAUAUUUUAACAUUUCCAAAUGUAAUCUGAUAGAGACCUUGCUGACACCACCAUUAGUUCAAGGACUUCGAAAUCUGGAGGAAAUGUCUGUAUGCUAUUGUAAAUCAAUGAAAGAGAUAUUUUCAGUGAGCAACUGUGAUGACGAAGACAGUACUUCAAGCAUUGCACUUCCCAAGUUGACCAAAUUAUUGUUGUGGGAUUUACCACAAUUGAAGAUCGUGUGCAAAGGCAGUAUACGCUGUGGAACUUCUCUACCGAAACUGGUUAUUAACCUAUGUCCGAGAUUAGAUAAACAACAUCCUACAAUAGAAAUCCAAGAUGUUCAAAUUCGAAAUUUUUGA